GAUCGACAGCUUCAGCUCGCUCAGCUCAGCAAGGAUAGAGGAGCCAAAGGCGAUUAUGUCUGCGACUCUGUGGAUUGUCCAAUUUUCAACCAACUAAAUGAGGUGAAACAAUUUUUUACCAAGCAUUAAAAUCCAGAGAGAGUGAAAGAUGGCAGAAGGGGGAUAUGACCCUUGCGAGUGUGUUUGGUCACAUGAAGGUGCAAUGAGGAGAUUAAUAAACAUGCUGAGGGAGCAAAAUACCUGCAGUGACUCACAGUGUGACUUAGACUUUCCUGGUCCUCAACCUAACUCCGAUGGGGACUAUACCAUGUUCCUCUUUAUGAUUGGUUGGCUAGUUCUUGCCUUAGCUCUCUUUCUCAUGAGACCUGGACGAAACAGGACAGAAGGAGACCAGAAACCAAGACCACUCAAUCAAGAUCCUGGGCCCACACCUCCAGCUCCACCUCUGGACUAGAACCCAUUAACACUGACCAAUAUGAACAAAGCGGGCCACACUGGUUUAUUUCCAAUUCGUCUAAUGCCAAUUCUUCCAAUUGCCAACUCGUCUACUAUCAUUUGGUCUAUCAUCAGUUCGUCCACUCACCACAUGGUCUACUUUCAUUUUUAGUCUAAUAACCAGUUGGUCCAUUAGCCAUUUGGUCCAUAAACUAUUUGGUCUAAUUGGACUAAGUGUUCAAUUGUGCAAAAUGAAUGAAAAUGAAAUGGAUAUUAGACCUACUGGUUAUGAGACGAAAUGGUGAUUAGACGAAGUGAUGAUUGGACCAAAUGGUUAAAGGACCAAAUGGUUGUUAGACGAAAUGUUGAUGGAUAGAAUGGCAUUAGACUAAAUGAAAGUAAACCAUGUGGUGAGUGGACGAGUCGGCAGUAGACGAAUUGACAAUUUACCACCACACCUCUGUCUUCAUUACCCUGCGAUAGCAUGAUUAUCACUUGCUGAAUUUCACCAAUCUUGUAGAAAGCGACUCGAUCCUAUUUCCAGCUUCAGUUGCAUUCUAAUCUUGUAGAGUGUCUUCGGGAUUGUAAACUACACUGAGUACUCCAUUUCUUUAUAAGCCUUUGACAGCCUGUCUAUCACUUGCAGAAUUUUAUGAGUAACAUGAAGUUCUUGGGUUAUGCAGAUUUUGCAGUUUACGUGUACCUUAUUGUGUGCAUACAGCUCUACGCUAUUGCACAUUUUGGGCAAAUUGUGCUUGAAUUUUUUUAUGGUUUAGUCCUAAGUUUAAGUAAUCAUCAAGCAUAUUUACAAGAACAACCAUAGCAACAAGCGAAAAGCAAAAGGCCUUUUGCAAAAUUGCCAACUAGUUUAUGGACUUUACUGGUUGUAGUGCCAAAAGUCAAGCAUGUUUUUAAAAUCAGAUCUGCAAUUCCAAAUUCUUGAAAUUAAUCCCCAGUGGUGAAUUCUGGACAUUUUGAAUUGUUAAUUUUAGCGAAAAUAUUUCCAUAUUUCCAUUUGCAAUGGAAGAGAUCUUCUUUCUGGUUUUAAUAAGAUUAAUGUUUACAACUUGAGCAGUAUAGCCUAUAAAGUUUGCUGUUGGGAACUUAAUGUUUUAUAAGACUGUACAAUCUGUCAGAUGCUUUAAAAUGAAAGCCAAGUUUAAUAAAGUUGGGUGUCACUUAUGUUUCCUCGAAUAGACCAACUUGUGCUAGAGCUAUCAUACAUGUACUUUGCAUAAUUUAAGCCUUGUUUUUAACUCUUCUUCCAAACUGAUACUGUAAAAAGCACUUGGUGUUUUUACUCCUGUGCCAAUGUCUGUCUAACUCCAUUUGCAAUGACUGAAUGCAUGCAUAACCGAUCAUAAAUAUAUGACUAUCAUUUGACCAAGUCAUGUGUCAAUAAAGAGUGACAAGUAUUGCUCUCAUACAGUCUCUUGCUGAUUUCCAGAUAGAUUUUGAUCUUUUGGUGUAGGCAUUGAACAGAAUUCUACAUCAGCACAGCACCAAAAUAAAAAAAAUAUUACAAAUAGGAGACAGGAUCUUCUUUCACUAGAUACUUCGGGAAACAAUUUGCUGGGUGUCAACGAUUUUUACAAAAAGACUUCUCUCUAUUGUCCCUUUGCAUUGAAAAUGAUUAUCUGCAUGGUGUCAAUACUUUACCUUUCAAGAUAGGCAUUAAUGUAUUCAGGUCGUAGUAGAUAUAGCAUAGAUAUCAGUGAUAUCGUCUGUUGCAAGUAAAAAUGAGGUCAUUGUGAAAUUAUCCGGUGUUGUGUAUGUACAUAAACAAAAUAAAUAAGAUAUAAUUAUAUGUAUGGUGAAGGGGGACAUAAAAUGUAUUGUUUUGUGUGUUAUGAUUCCUUUGAGACAAAGCAACAUUAAGCUAUUUGAACAUUGCAUUCCAUUUAAAAACAUUAUCCCUAUUAAUAGUAUUAAGUGGUAAUAUAUAAUGAGAAUGACAAGCUGUAUAGGUUGUUCAUUGCUUUUCAUGUGGUAGAAAUAUGGUUUUGAGUUUUAAAAGCCUAGUUUAGCACUUCUUACAGCUCAUAUAUAUUUCAUGAUUUUCUGUCUCAUCCACUGGAGGUGACGAUCAGGCUAAAGAAACCUAAUGACAUCCAUCCAUCUAUCAGAAAUGUUAAAGUUUACCUGCAAGACUAUCUUAGGAUUGUAAAUGUUGUAUCAAAUGCUUAUGUAACAAUUAACAAACUUUGGUCGUCAAUACACCUGGUGGGUGUUUCAUAAAGCUGUUCGUAAGAUACAAAUGACUUUAAGAAUGGCUGGUGAACCUUUCUUACGCACAAAAUAAUCACCAAUGAACGUUUAAUGGUGAAUAUCAUUUACCACAAUUAAAGAUCACCAGUCGUUCUUAACUUA